AUGUCGGCCCAAGCGUCUCAGAAGCAGUUGAAGCGUUACUCGCGUGACGAGGUCGCCAAGCACAACAAGGCUGACGACCUCUGGAUUGUGAUCGACACCUUCGUGUACGACCUUUCCGACUUUAUCGAUGCCCACCCUGGUGGUGAGGCCGUCCUCCUCGCUGAGGACGUCGCUGGCCAGGACGCCACCGAGGUUUUCUUCGGCCUGCACACCAUGGCCAACCUUAUGCGCCCCAACCACCAGAAGAUGAUCAUCGGUCAGAUUGAGGGUGAGGAGUCGGAGCUCCGCUACCCCAAGGCCGGCGACUACUCCAAGGUGCCCUACGCCGAGCCCUCGUGGCUUGUGCAGCCCUUCCGCACCCCCUACUACACCGAGUCUCACCGCAAGUUCCAGCAGGAGAUGCGCAAGUUCGUUGACGAAUACGUCUCUCCUGUUGCGCACGCUCGUGAACUGGACGGCAAGCGUCCUGACGUUGAGCUUGUCAAGCGUAUGGGUGCCAACGAGCUCAACCCCAUGCGUAUGGGCCCCGGCCCCCACCUGAAGGGCCGUAAGCUCUUCGGUGGCGUCAAGCCCGAGGAGUUUGACUACUUCCACGAGCUGAUCAUCACUCAGGAGCUGGCUCGCUGUGGCCAGCGUGGUUUCAUGGACGCCCUUAACGGUGGUAUGGUUAUCGGUCUCCCCCCGAUUCUCAACUUCGGUUCGGACGACCUGAAGAAGGAGAUUGUCGAGCCCGUGUUCAAGGGUGAGAAGUAUAUUGCCCUUGCUGUUACCGAGGCCUUUGCCGGCUCGGACGUGAUGGGUCUGCGAACCUACGCCAAGAAGAGCGAGGAUGGCAGCCACUACAUUGUGAAUGGUACCAAGAAGUGGAUCACCAACGGUCACUUUGCUGACUACUUCACCGUGGCUGUUCGCACUGACGAGGGCUUCGGUGUUAUCGUUGUGCCCCGCUCGCUCGGUGUCGAGACCCGCCAGCUUCACACCUCGUACUCGACCACCGCCGGUACCGCCUUUGUGAUGUUCAACGACAUCAAGGUGCCUUCGCGCUACCUGAUCGGUGAGGAUGGCAUGGGUAUCCCAAUUGUCCUCUCCAACUUCAACCACGAGCGUUGGGUCAUGUGCUGUGGUACCGUCCGUGGUUCCCGCGCGAUUAUCGAGAUGCUCAUGAAGUGGAUCAACCAGCGCAAGGUGUUCGGCCGUCCCCUCACCUCGCAGGCCGUCAUCCGCCAGAAGGUCGCUUUCCUGAUUGCCCAGGUCGAGGCUUGCCACGCUUACCUGGAGCACAUCACUUACCAGAUGAACCAGAUGAGCUACAAGGAGCAGUCCAAGUUCCUUGCUGGUCCCAUUGCUUUCCUCAAGGCCUACUCUACCCGUGUCUCGCAGGCUGUGGCCGACAACGCCGUCCAGAUCAUGGGUGGCCGUGGCCUCACCAAGACUGGUAUGGGUGCCGGUGUCGAGAUGUUCCACCGCACCUACAAGUUCGAUGCCGUCCUGGGUGGUACCGAGGAGGUCCUUGCCGACCUUGGUCUCAGGCAGGCGCUCCGCUUCUACCCCCACAACGAGAAGCUUUAA